ACAAUAUAAAAUAAAAAAAUAAAAUAUAAAAAAAAAAAAAACCAUGCCGUCCAUUGUACUAACAGGAGCACCACAAUCUGGUAUUCAAGAAGCUAUUCCAGUAUGGGAGAAAAUAGAUUGGAGUCCGGAAGUGGAGCAGGGAAUAUAUAAGGACUGGGGAAAAUACUAUUCUCGACGACGCAGGGAAAGUAUUUCAAUGAACUAUUAUGACAAGGCACUUAAGCUCUCUCCAAAUGAUCAUGCGACUCUCUACCAUCGCAGUCAGAGUAGGCGUAAGACUGCACGUAUAGAGAGCGCACUAAAAGAUAGCCGGGAAGCCCAAAGACUUUUAAAAAAUGUAUCUGUGCAAAAUGCACCAGUUAAUCUGGAAGUUUGCGAUGCUUUGUACGAGCUAAACCAGUUUGAAAAUGCCAAAGCAGAAUUAUAUAAUAAUACACGUAUCUUUACGGGCAACAAGACGAAGGCCUUCGAAAAUCGAUUGCAUGUGGUUGAUGAGAAUAUAAAAGACGCUUGCGGCGAUGGAUUGAGCCCAUUUAUUUUGGAUAAUGAAAAUGUCAUGUCCCUCGUGAAGGAACUUCUUAAUGAAAAAGCGAGAGUUGAUAAUCGCCCGCUCUGGAAAAAAUUAAAGGAACAAGGCAAAUGCGAUAUCUUAAGCAUUCCAGAAAUAAAAGAACAAAUACUGUCCCCACUAGAAAUAGCGAGAAGAAAGCGUGCAUUUGAUAUAUGUAAUCAAGUUUACAUAGAUAGAACAUGGAUAGACAUUCUAUUUCUGAAGAACUUAAGAGACAAUCCAAAUUUACUCUUGGACCAGUGCAAAAAUUCCAAAGGCGUCUUAAGAUCUUUAACUGAAAAUCAAUAUGAAGUCAUUAAGAAGUUUUUGAAAAUGAUACAUGCUCGCUCUCCGAUAUACUAUGUGCGGUACAAAAAAUAUGCAAACAUGGACCGGUUGCGCAAGUUCCAAGAAGCCCUGCUCUUUAGAAUACAGUACCAGACACGUCGAAAUAUGAUAACUGCUUUAGAAACUAUUAGACGUCUUCGUACAGAAAAAAAUUUGACGAGACUUGCCAGUUAUAUCGAGGAGAUAAUGGGAAACUAUGUUGUGCUGAAAACUAAUCGCAUAAUGCCAUGGAAGAUUGAGUUCAUUAAUGAAGUAUACAACACUUUGGGUUUGGCUCUGGCCGAGCAGUACUAUGUGCCUAAAAACUUUAAGCAAACAACUGGAAAUCCUCUUCACCACUUAUUGCACCUUAAUAUGAAUAAAACAAUGGAAAUCUCUAAGUUUGUAUUUGGAGACCGAUCCACACAUCAGGAUCAGGAUAUUGUAGACCCCGCCAUCACAAAAUCGAGACAAAUGAUUGCGCGAUUGGAGAAACGCAUGAUAUUCGCAAAACACUCAAUCGAAAAGUGCUAUUUACUUCACCAAAUUGCUAGCAUUCAUCUUCAAUUCAAUCGCUAUGAUGAGUGCGGUUUUGUUGCUCGCAAGGCAAUUCAAGAAACUAAAAAUUGCAACAGCUACUUAUGGAGUUUCCUAAGCACCAUUAUCAUUGUCAAGUCGAGUGCAGCUCUUAACAAAACUGAGCGCACAAAAGAAGUUUUGCGAAAAGCUCUCAAAAUUGCUCAGAAGCUACAUAGUCCAGAAAUAAUUGAUUUUGUGGAAACGUGUAUGGCUCAGAAUGAGCGACUUUAUCUAAAACUGAGUGCAAGUCGUCGGGAAAGCAAAAUGUCAGCUCGAAGCUCAUUGUAAAGUGUUUUCCAUCUCCUUCAUUUUAGUCUAGUGUGGACAGCCAAAUUUGCAGUGAACCAAAUUGUACGUACAUAAUACUCAUCAA